ACAAACUUUUUGUCAGAAUAUUGUGCAAUGACAAAUGGACUAUCUUGGCCGCGGUACAUUAUGUUCUGUGCGACGGCAAUGAUCACGAUGCUAGCUGGUGCACAGUGGGUUCACGAAAUCUACAGACCGCUCGGUGAUCUGGAGGAUCUCGUCGAACAGAGAUUAAAGGAAAAACGGAAAGAACUACAGAAGAAAUAGCGUCAUAGAAAAAUGUAUCUAGUGUAAUAAAUUAGUUUUUUUUACAAACACCG